UCUUACAUUGAAGGUCACUAUUGGUGGUUGUGAGGAGCUGUUAUUGUCAGGAAAUCAUCUUUUCCACUUCCAUUUGCACAUACAGCAUCACAAAAACAGCGGUCAUAGACAAGGCAAGAGACCCAUUUUUCAACUCAUUGGUCAUCCCAUUAGUUGAGCCAGUGGUGGUGUAGCUAUUGGGGGCUGGGCUCAGUAAGACAGACUCAACGGGCAUUUUUCUACAAGCGUUCAGCACAAAUUCAGCAGUCGGAACAGUGUGCUCGAGCGCUCACAUCAACAACACGCGACAUCGCGUUCGUUACAAAGAGGAAGAGACGGAGAUGUUACGCACGAAAACUUUUCCAGCUACAAACGAUACAUUAAAAUAACAGUUCAAGAGGACAGAACACCCACGCCAAACAGUUAUUUUAUAAAGAGUUUACCAAACGGUCAACCUCAUCCUGAAUUUAUGCAGCGAGGCUUUUCAUGUCCAUGAGCAGAGAGGGAGUAGAGCCCCAGCAGCGGCAGUGAGUCCAUGGGAUGCACGGCCGACCUGUUCCACCUACUUCUCUCAGGCCUCCAGAAGCUGAAUACAAGGUGCCAUUGAGAGAUCGUGUGGGUGUCCCACUGAGCAGCAGCCAUCAUGGCCCUGGUUCAGGCUCUGUCCAUCCCUGCUGAGUGCCACCACACCCCCGGCCUCAGCGGAAACCCCGCCCCCGCCCCUCUGCCCACCACACACCCCCAACCUCCCCUCCACCUCCAACUCCCAGGAGGCUAUGGGCUCCGUCAGCAGCCUUAUCGCCCAGCGCCCCGGCCCGGCCCACCUGGUGCGUCACUACCGGCCCGUUGAUGUUGUCCCCGAGCCGGGCACCACCAGGCUCCACAGAACCACGUUGGGCGCCACUUCCUGCCUGGCCUCCUUUGACACAUCUCAGGAUCCGCUGCUCAGUAGCCUCACUCCGCCUGGCAACAGGAAGCCUUUGAUGGUGAUUGGCUCCAGUAAGGACAGUGGGACCAAUGGGAAUUACUCGUAUCUGAACCAGGACUAUGUGGGAGACUGGAAUGACAAUACUGUGGUUCAUGGAAGCCAUGGGACCGGGAUUGACAGAGGGGAGGCCAAGGAUCGGCAGCUUGGGAGCCUCAUCGGGAACAUGGAAGAACCCCCUCCCAAACUGGUCCCCGUGUCAGGGAAGCUGGAGAAGAACAUGGAGAAAACAGUGAUCCGGCCCACUGCCUUCAAACCCGUCGUCCCCAAGAGUCACAACUCCAUGCAGUUCCUUUCCCCUCGCCACGACAGGGCCAGUCUAUCAGACUGCCAGAACAACCUCAACCUGUUGUCACCUGGUAGCCAGAUGGACACCUUGCCACCCUGCUCGGAGAAUCGCAACUCUUACAGUGGCGGGCGCCACACGGGCGGGGGCAGCCAGACCUGCUCCAUGUCUGACUCGGGACGGAAUUCCCUGACGAGCCUGCCUCCCUAUGGCAGCAUCCCCUGCAGCCUGGUGCCCGCAGACUACCCGCCUGGCAGUGCCCACCUGGAGACCACGAAGACCGCACACGGGCACUCUAACUCGGACAGUGGGUGCUCCUCGUCCAGUAAGAGCACAGGGUCGGUGAGCGGACGUGGCCAGCCCCUGUCGGACAGCGGGUCGAGCGAGCGCUCGCCAGCCCCUGUAGAGGGGGGGUACGAGGGGGUAGUGAGGGACCUGGAGGAUAAGCUGAGGGAGAGAAACGUGGAGCUGCAGCAGCUCCGAGACAACCUGGACGAGAACGAAGUGGCUAUAUGCCAGGUUUAUGAGGAGAAGCAGAAGCGCUGUGAGCUGGAGCUGGAGGAGUUGCGUCAGAGCUGCGCCACGCGGAUGCAGACCCAGUCCCAGAAGGCCCAGCGUGCCCAGCAGGUGCUCCAGCUGCAGGUCUUCCAGCUGCAACAGGAGAAGAAGCUGCUCCAGGAGGACUUCGGCCAGCUGCUGCAGGAGAGGGAGAAGCUGGAGGAGCGCUGUACCUCCUACGAGAAGAUUCAGUUAGGGUCCAGGCUGGAGGAGACCAAGUGGGAGGUGUGUCAGAAGUCUGGGGAGAUCUCCCUGCUGAAGCAGCAGAUGAAAGAUGCCCAGGGGGAGCUGGCUCAGCGCAUGGGGGAGAUCGUCUCUCUGCGUGGACAGCUUCGGGACUCCCUUGGCGAGCUCACCACCAGCCAGGGCCUGCUGCAAGAGGCCAACACUGCCGGCCACAUGCGCACCAUGGAACUGGAGGUGUGCCAGAACGAGCUGCAGCGCCGCAAGAGUGAGGCCCAGCUCCUCCGCCAGAAGGUGGGCCGACUGGAGGAGGAGACGGCCCGCCUCCGUGCUUCCGCCACCAAUCAGACAAGCCUCCAGAGCCCCGCCCACAAUGGUGGUGGAGGCAGGCAGUGCCAGGCCUUCCCAGAGGGGGAGGAGCCACACUUGUUGACCUAUGAGAGCGACGAGGCCAGGGCCUAUGAGAGCGAGGCCCUCCAGAGCCUCCGGCUGCAGAUGGACGGUCUGAGGGCGGAGUUAGUCACAGAACGCCAGAGGGGGGAGGAACAGGCGUGUAGCUUUGAGGAGGAGCACAGGGUCUGGCAGGAGGAAAAGGACAAGGUGAUCCAGUAUCAGAAGCAGCUGCAGCAGAACUACGUGGGGAUGUACCGGAGGAACCGGGCGCUGGAGCGCAUGCUGCGCAAGCUCAGUCUAGAACUGGAGACCCGGGACGAGCUGGAGGAGCAGGAUGAAGGCAGUGGCAACGAGAUCAACUUUGACGAGAUCACCGCUACUGAGAUCUGACACCACCACUUUUUCUCUCUGUCUCCUCCUCCAUCUCUCUAUCAGCCAUAUACAACUGAUCCCCUAGGAGCGUCUAUAGGAAUCCAGAUAGCCUCUAUAAUGACUUAGUAGGUCAGGAUCCUUCCUUAUGGUUCCUUCAGGGUCUCUACAGUAUGUAGUAGUCUGUCUAGUUGGUCUACUCUCCGUAUGUUCCUGCUUUUCCACGCCGUCUCACUGUCUCAUUAGUAUGGUUGACUCCCGCUGGCUAAUGUCGAUACAUACACGAAAGAAUGCACACACACACUUCUGUCACUCACAGACAUGGUGAGUUGAUGUGGUUGAAUGAGAGUUCACUAACCGGGAGAGUGAUUUUGAAGUCUGAGUCUCGUACAGCGUGGAGGGAAUACAUCCAUUUUUUUAAAAAUAGAUAUUCCUAGAAUUACUCGCUGAACAUCAUGUAAACACAUAGGGGGGCUCGGCUCUCUUCCUAGGAAUUUGUACUUCCUCGUCAUUCACUGUGGGUGGUCUUGUGUUCUUGGUAGGCAGAGCUUCAUAACACUAGUGUUCUUCAGCAUGUUCUCAGAUACUACAGGUUCAAUGCAGAUACUUCAGGUUCAAUGGCAAAAAAAGGGAAAUGCUUCAAUGUUACCAAAAGCCUCCUCAUUCCAUGUGACACAUUUAAGUAUCUAAAUAUGGACCUUGGUGGUCUUGAAUUUCUGUAUCUAUACAGUAUCUCUAGCUAGAAAACGAGACACCGUGGAAAUUCAAGGUAAAAUUCGCUAAAGCACACUCGGAUAUGCUUUCUAUUAUUGUGAAGAGAAUUGACUUUACCUUUGAUCUCCCUUCACCGAAGUACAAAAGCAUGGAUGGAUGAAUCUCUAUGGAUCUUUGUGUUUCUCUGGCAAUAUUUGUACGCUGCACUGGCUGUUUGUGAAGGUGCUUUUUGUACAGGCUGUGAGAGAAGACAUGCACUAAGUGAGCGACGUUUCGGGCUCUAUUCAAUCCACAUUGCGGAAGUUCCGCGUUAGAGGAAUUUAAAUUUAAGGGCAAUGUUCCCAUGUUAGCAGAGACGGCAUUCACAGUAACCACUGUAUAUGUCGGAUCAACCUCUACCGCUUCAGUGACACAGAUUUAAUAGAGGCCGUCGUCUUUUAAAAAGUUACAUUAGACUGACCAUGAUAGGACUUAUCUUUUCAUCAACUUCUGUAUAAAAAACCCACACCCAUUCACAAGAGGAUGACACUUAAAUGUCCCUUAUCGCUGUUAACCCUUCAUUGUAGAUAUCCUUAAUACUGACAUCGUAUAUGGUGAAAUAUAAUAGAUUUCUUAGAGAUAUAAUCUAUUUCAAAAUAAACAUAGCCACUGUGAAUAGACCAAAGCAAUGUCACAUGUCCUGUUGGUUCCUUAUAGUACCAUGUCUGCAUAUUGGUGUAUGUGUGAAUGCUACUCAUGGUUCUACAGUACAAUUUUUUACAUUAAAUGUAUAUUUUCAUGCUGUAAAUGUCUUGUACCAACUGACCAACUGUUUUUAAUAAAACGAACAAUAAAACAAAUAGCUGCUUUUCAAAUGGA